UCUCCAUGAAAAAACAUCAUACAAAAGUUUUGCAAAAUAUGAAAUUAAAUUUUUUAACAGUGAUUAUAUCAGUGCUUCUUCCAAGAGCAAUAGUAAUUAAUGCUGUGAAUACUGUUGGGAAUGAUUCGAAAUGGUUUUUAUUCAAUGAAGAUUUGUUUUAUAUAAAUCCUCAAAAUGAUUUUUCAUCAAAAGCGGCUCAAAUAUUUUGUAUAGAAAACGAUAUGGUUUAUAUGAUAGAACCCACGGAAUAUAUAGGAUUAGGAAAAUUAUUGUCUAAAUAUUAUGAAAAAAUAUAUCCCUUAUGGUUAAUAAUGGAAGAUACGCCCAUCUAUAAAAUUUCUGAAAACUGUACUGCAUUGGAAAAGAAUGAUGUAAACACUAUAAGUUGUGCAACUAGAUUAGGCCUGAUUUGCAAAACGAAAAUAUUCGGUGGAAGUAUACAAUACAGAAAUGGUACUCAUUUAGAAGUGGGAGUUAAUGAAAUCAACCGCUUUUGUAAUCCUUUAUCGCAUGAGUAUGAUGAACUACUAGAACAUUGUUUAAUAAAGUUUAAAAGGCUAUUAUUAUGAGAUUAAAGAUUAUACAAA